AUGGCUGCGUAUCUCAUCACAGGUGCAAGCAGAGAAGGCCUAGGCAGGGCCUUGGUCGAGGCUCUUCUCUCCCGGCCCGAGAACACUGUCAUAGCUGGCGUUCGAGAUUUGAGAAGCGCAAAAAGCCUCUCAUUGACCGACCUUCCAUGCGCGGACAGUAGCAGACUGAUUGUCGUAAAGAUCGAUUCAGCAUCUGACACGGAUGCAGCAGAUGCAGCGCGCACACUCUCGACCAGAUACGGGGUUGAUAAGAUAGAUGUAGUGGUGGCGAAUGCUGGAUCAGGAAAUGUGUAUGGAGACCUUUCCGCAGUGAAUCCUGGGGAGGUGAAGGACUUGAUUGAUGUAAACGGUGUAGGACCACUACGCCUAUUCCAAGCUGUCCGGGGCUUUCUUGAGAAAAGCGAAGCAGGGAAAUUCGUUCUCAUCGGUACACCUAUUGCAAGCAUCGGGGCCAUGGAAAAGGCACCAUGGCCUAUGUUUGCCUAUGGCGCAAGCAAAGUCGUUGCACAUUAUCUAACGAGAAAGAUUCAUUGGGAGAGUCAAACUUUGACUGCGUUUGUUGUUGACCCUGGGUUCAUGCAGACAGAUAUGGGCAACGCUGGUGCGAGAUAUUUCGGUUACCACGAGGCAUUUGUUCCGGUUGAGAAUUCGUGUCAAUUUGUUCUUCGACAGAUCGAAGAAGCCACACGCGAAACCCUCGGGGGAAGGUUCGUUACGAUCGAUGAGUCUAGAAAAGAGGUCGAGUGGUGA